GUCUCUGUAUAAAUGUCCUCUUUCAUAUUCUCUAAUUUCCCGCCUCCCUCCCUUCCCGCUCUCCGAAAACCCUAAGCUGCGCCGAGGAUGGGACUGAAGCAAGCGACAGCUGAUGCAUCAUCUGAUGCUAAGAAGCGUAGGCGUGUCGGAUUUUCUGAAAUCGAUGUUGGAAUUGAAGCGAACGAGUGUCUUAAAAUUUUUAUGGUUAGUAGCAAAGAGGAAGUAAAUGCUGCAUCCGGCUCUUGUAUUGAUCCAGUUGACUUGAAUCGGUUUUUUGGUGAAGAUGGGAAAAUAUACGGUUACAAGGAUUUAAAGAUUACCAUCUCGUUGAGUAGCAUUUCUUUUCAUGCAUAUGCUGAUAUUAAAUUUCAGAGUUCAUCAGAGGGAGGGAAAGGGAUCACAGAUCUGAAGUCUGCUCUUCAGGCAAUUUUUGGUGAAUCUCUGCUUGAGAAUAAGGAGGAUUUUCUUCAAACUUUCUCUACGGAGAGUUGUUACAUCAGAACUUCUAUCUCAAAUGGAAAGGUCAUAGACUGCAAAGCUUCCCAGGAAUGCAGUAACAAAUCUAAUAAUCAUUUGGAAUCAGAGGCAAAUACUGUGGAGCGUCAGGUCAUUCGCUUGGCUAUAAACAGCUUGCCUGUUGGAUUGCUGUACAGUCGGUUGGUGCCUCUUGUACUUCUUCUUGUUGAUGGUAGCAGUCCCAUUGACAUCACGGAUCCAAGAUGGGAGAUUUAUCUUGUGGUUCAGAAGACACUAGGCAACCAGGAGGAUGUUGACCUCAGAUUGCUUGGAUUUGCAGCUGUUUACCGCUUUUAUCGCUACCCUGAUAGUUCACGCUUACGUAUCAGCCAGAUACUAGUGUUGCCUCCUUAUCAGGGCCAAGGUCAUGGCCGGUACCUUUUAGAGGUUCUGCAUGAGGUAGCAAUAUCAGAAAAUGUUUAUGAUGUGACAGUUGAAGAGCCAUCUGACUACCUUCAGCAUGUGCGGACCUGCAUGGACAUGCUCCACCUGCUUGAUUUUGACCCGGUACAUCAAGCAGUUAAAUCUGUUGUUUCUCAUCUUAACCAAGGAAAUCUGUCCAAGAAAACCUCUAAGUUUCAAUUGGAACCACCUGCUAGUGUAGUUGAGAAUGUCAGGAAGAGCUUGAAGAUUAACAAGAAACAGUUUCUCCAAUGCUGGGAGGUUCUUAUCUAUCUUGGCCUUGAUCCUGUUGACAAGUACAUGGAGAACUAUAUGACUUUUAUUUCUGAACGUACAAAAGCUGAUAUCUUAGGAAAAGAUUCUGGGACUGCUGGGAAGCAUUUGAUUGAUGUUCCAAAUGGUGACAACAUUGACAUAACAUUUGUCAUGUUCCAGACACAGGCUGGUGGAGGAAAUAGUGUUGAGAUUGACAAAAACCAAACUAAUCAAGAGGAGGCAUUACGUCAGUUAGUUGAUGAUCGGGUGAAAGAAAUUGUGUCAAUUGCAAUGAAGGUAUCUUCACUUCAGGGUGUGAAGUCUAAGUAGCCAUUGUGAGUGAUAGUAGCAUUUGGUCUAUACUUGUCCCCAAUGCGUUCUUUAAUGCUUUGGUGACUUAGUAGGUUUGGGUCACCUGGGACUUGUUUGUAAAUUAUGUAGUUACAUUUGUAUUUUAUGCUUUUCAGAAUUUUGCUAUUGAGAAAUUA